AUGCCAGGCACUGCGCUUUGCAAACACGGGGUCGUCCGGUCCUCACAACAGCCCCGCAGGGCAGGUCCCAGGAUGAACCACCUGGAAGCCGAGAACUACACCAAGAUCACCAGCUUCAUCCUGGUGGGCGUCUCGGAGCAGCCCGUGCUGCAGAUCAUCCUCUUCCUGCUGGGCCUGACCAUGUACCUCAUCACCAUCAUCGGCAACAGCCUCAUCAUCGUGCUCAUCGUCCUGGACGCGCACCUGCACACCCCCAUGUACUUCUUCCUCAGCAACCUGUCUCUGCUGGACAUCUGCGGCUCCACCACCACGGCGCCGCAGUCCCUCAUCAACUGCCUCCGAGACUACCCCAGCAUCUCCUACAACGCGUGCUAUGCCGAAAUGGGCAUCUCCCUGUGCUUCGCCGUGACCGAGUGCUUUCUCCUGGCCAUCAUGGCCUACGACCGCUUCGUGGCCAUCUCCAGCCCCCUGCGCUACACGGUGAUCAUGAACAAGGCCGUCUGCCUGGGUCUGGCCGCCACGUCCUGGCUCGUCUCCUUCCUCGUCUCCGUCAUCCCGUUGCUGGUGACGCCCGUGAGCUUCUGCGGCCAGAACGUGGUCAACCACUUUGCGUGCGAGAUGCAGGCCGUCAUGAAACUGGUCUGCUCCGACACGUCCACCAGCUUGGUCCUGCUCUUCGUCGGCUCCGUCUUCACCCUCGUUUUCCCCUUCGGCCUCAUCAUCAUCUCGUACCUCCGGAUCCUCGCGGCCGUCCUGAAGAUCCGCUCGGCGGAGGGACGCCGCAAAGCCUUCUCCACCUGCGGCUCCCACCUCACGGUCGUGACCAUAUACUACGGCACCCUCAUCUACAUGUACGUGAAACCGCAGUCCAAAGAGUCCGAGGACAAGGACAAGAUCAUCUCCAUAUUCUACGGCGCCGUGACCCCCAUGCUCAACCCUCUCAUCUACACCCUGAGGAACAAGGACGUGAAAGGGGCCCUCAAGAAAAUCACUGGGAAGGCGAAGGCCUGA